UAAAUGACAGUACAACGAGUCAGUUUACGGGUGGACCACCGUACACGCACCGAUAUCAGUCACGAGACUUCCAAGUUUCUCUCUUUUCUGCGUUCGAGAGUUACUCAGCCGCGACGUAUUGCGAAUUCUUUCACAAGCAAGAGGAAAGACACCGAAGAGGAUAACAUGUCGAUCAACUUCAGGAGCGUUCUCAUAAGCGAUCCCGUGGAUGAGUCUUGUGGAGCGCUGCUCACCGAACACGGUAUUCCAGUUACGACGAAAUACAAGCUGCCGAAGGAUGAGCUGAUCAAGGAGCUACAAAAUCAUGAUGCUCUUAUCGUCCGAUCCGAGACCAAAGUUACGGCGGAUAUUUUUGCUGCUUGCCCAAAUCUCCGCGUGGUUGGACGAGCUGGUACCGGCGUCGACAACAUUGAUCUUCAAGCUGCCACACGUAAAGGAGCGAUCGUAUUAAAUACUCCAGGAGGCAAUAGUAUUAGCGCUUGCGAGUUAACAUGUGCCCUGAUUUCCGCGCUCGCGCGCAACGUCGCGCAAGCUGCACAAUCGCUGAAGGAAGGUAGAUGGGAUAGGAAAUUGUAUUCUGGGUAUGAACUGUCCGGCAAGACCCUCGCUAUCCUCGGGACGGGCCGCAUAGGUCGCGAGGUGGCUCACAGAAUGCAGAGCUUCGGCAUGAAUAUCGUUGCCUACGAUCCGUUUUUGACGGACGAAAUCGCCGCCCAGCUCGGCAUCAGAAACCUCAGCACGGAGGAGAUAUGGCCCAUCGCCGACUAUAUCACCGUACACACGCCACUCAUGCCUGAAACCAGAAAUUUGAUCAAUGCAACAACGUUGGCAAAAUGCAAGAAAGGAGUGUGUAUCGUUAAUGUUGCACGUGGUGGCAUUGUUGAUGAAGAGGCUCUUUUGAAUUCAUUAAAAUCCGGUCAUUGUGGCGGAGCGGCUUUGGACGUAUUCGUAGAGGAGCCGCCGAAGAAUGCAAUCACUUUAGAGCUCAUUAAACAUCCAAAAGUUGUUCCGACACCUCAUCUCGGUGCCAGCACGGAAGAAGCCCAGCAACGAGUAGCAGUGGAAAUUGCGCAACAAUUCUUGGCUUUAUCUGGCAAAUCAACGGAAUACGCCGUCACCGGUAUCGUAAACGCUCCGGUCUUAUCUGCCGCUAUGACGGCCGAGAACGAACCAUGGAUCGAAUUAUCGAAGAAAUUAGGUCAAUUAGCCGGUCGCUUCCUCAAGGGCAAGCUAAAUACAAUAAUUCACAGCCGCACUGUAGGAAAGGGCAUGCAGGAUAAAAAGUUCAUACACACAGCUGUACUGGUCGGAAUAUUAACCGGCCAAACUAAGAAUGGUUUAAAUUUAGUUAACGCGCCCACUCUGGCGGAAGAUAUUGGCGUAGAAUUGCAAGAAGGUCACGUCGACGGUGACCACAAAGCGGUCAUCGUGAAAGUUGGAGAACAUGUCAUCAAAGGAACCGUGCGUGACAAUCAAUCGCUUUUGCUCGCUUUGGACGACGCAGUUUUCAGUAAUGGCAUUGUGCUCAGGGACUACAUUUGUUUAUAUCGGGCGAAUCGAGUACAGGAUCUUGCCAAUAUUGUGAACAUUUUCUCGUCGAAAAGCAUCAACAUUCACAAUUUGAAUGCCAAUGGCAGCUGGGUCAUCAUUCACACCGAUCAGCAGGUCUCAAUUCAAGUGGAUGAAAUUGAGAGCUUUUGAGCGUACUUGCGUGCUUCCAAGAGAGGCAUACUGACAAUGAAUGAUCCUUGAGAAGAGACGGGAAUGCAAAGCCCGAAUUUUGAAGAAUCCAGUAUUGUUCAAUUGCUAAAAAAAUGCGAAAAGCUCUUGUGGCGGAGCUUACUCUAGAAAUACGUAUCUUUUUAAUUAUGUAAACUCAUUUAUAUAAUACAUCAUUAUUUAUUAUCUGAUUAUGAAAGUAGAUGAAUAAGAAAAGCUAGACAAAUCAACAUUUCUAAUACAUACA